AUGGUGAGUAAGGAGCCCAACAAAUGCUUACUCACCGCCUCGGAAAGCGAAGUUGAACCAGCGGCUUCGCUCGCGUUGGAGAUGAAAUACGCGUUGGAUCCCAACCGGCAGAUUAAGAAACGAAACAAAGCUCUCCAGGUGAGAUUUAAAGAUAUCUGCGAGGCCCAGAACGAGCAGAGGGACAAACAACUGUCCACCACGCAGGAUCCCGACAAGAAAGAAGCCAAGGCCAUUUCCUACAAAACAGCUUAUCGCAAAUACAUGACAGUGCCUGCCCGGAGAUCGAUACCCAACGUCACCAAGAGCACAGGAGUUCAGACUUCACCCGAUCUUAAAAAGUGUUACCAGACUUUUCCUCUGGACCGGAAAAAAGGGAAUAUUCUUAAAAGCGCCUCGACUGUCGACACCUUUAAGAGUCAAAACAACGGGUUUCUAAUAGACGUGAAGGAUAGAGACGGUAGAAGCUCAGGGGAGGCCGUUCCGUGGAGCAAGAAGGCCGGCAGCCUGCAGACGGCGGAGUUCAUUUCCCACAUCAACGAACGCGCCAACGUGGGAUCUCGGGACAACGGGGCCGAGGCCUGGAAAAGCAGCGAUUUGCACAGCUCUCCCAAAGAGCCGCCUCCUCCUCCUCCUCCUUCUCUCCCAAACUUGGCCGAUCCCACUUUGGAGGAGCACACCGCUGCCCGGCCACCUGGCCGAGGCAAACAGGCGACGGGGAGGCCAGGGAGCGAGGAGAUCACCCAACCCCUCCACGGGAGGGUCUUCAAGACUGAAGUGGCCACUGUUUAUUUACCAGCGGGUGGUUCAAACACCUCGCAGCCCGACCUGCCAAACCUCACAGCCGGGACCGAUUGGUCACCGUGCCCAACAGUUGAGGAGGACAAAAAGAGGACUGUGCACCUGAACGGUGUUCAACCCCAGGCGGGAGAUGCUCGAGCCUGCUCGUCGCGGGCGCAGUGCCAAGCCAGCGAAUGUAACGAAGAGACCCUUCAGAUGAACAUUUCACCCACGGAGGAGAACCAGCCUUGCCAGACGGCCGUGGCGAUGAGCGAGGAAUGCCAACAAAUUGUGCCUCACACGGAAGUUGUGGACUUGAAAGCGCAGCUUCAGAUGAUGGAAAAUUUGAUCAGCUCUAGUCAGGAAACCAUAAAGGUGUUGUUGGGUGUUAUACAAGAGCUAGAGAAAGGAGAAGCUCACAGAGAAGGGUGA